UAACAUAGAAUCGGGUGCAGUGGAAUAUUUUUCCAUUUGGUCUUCUCCUUCCUCCUCCGAACGAUCCAAGAAAAAGAGAUAUCAACAAAGAGAUUCUCAUCGCGAUCUUCUCGCUGUAAUCAAAUUCUCAUUUUGGAGGGUUUUUCUUCCGAAUUCCGGCGUCGUUUCUCGUCUUUCUGAGCUAAUCGACGUCGAAUACCUCCUUUUUUUUUUUUUGGCAGUGAAGGAAUAGGGAGAAGAACAGAAAGAUGAAGAGGGUUUUUGGUGUCAAGAAAGACAAAGAACCGCCUCCUUCUAUUCAAGAUGCCUCCGAUAGGAUUAAUAAAAGGGGUGAAUCAGUUGAUGAUAAGAUAAAGAAGCUUGAUGUUGAACUCAGUAGAUAUAAGGAGCAGAUCAAGAAAACGAGGCCAGGUCCAGCUCAAGAAGCUGUUAAAGCUCGAGCGAUGAGAGUUCUAAAGCAAAAACGAAUGUAUGAAGGACAACGUGACAUGCUUUACAAUCAGACAUUUAACUUAGAUCAAGUUGCAUUUGCCUCGGAGGGCAUUAAAGAUGCUCAACAAACGAUGUCGGCCUUGAAAUCCGCCAAUAAGGAGUUGAAAGGAAUGAUGAAAACAGUCAGGAUACAAGACAUAGAUAACUUACAAGAUGAGAUGAUGGAUCUGAUGGAUGUGAGCAAUGAAAUUCAAGAGACUCUUGGUAGGAGCUACAAUGUACCUGAUGACAUUGAUGAGGACGAACUUUUGGGUGAGCUUGAUGCCUUGGAAGCAGACAUGGGAUUUGAAACUGAAGCUGAUGGUGUUCCAUCUUAUCUCCAGCCUGACAAGGAAUCUGAUUUUGAAGGAGAGCUCAACUUGCCUGCCGCCCCGAUAGGGCAUGCAGCAGUUCCUGCUGGCAGAAACAAUGCACAGGCCGAGGAUGAAUUAGGUUUACCCGCUGUUCCUCGCGCAUCCCUUCGAGGCUAAAAGUUGCAUUUGUCUCAUCUGGACCAUCUCUUACCGGGAGGCCAAAAAUUGGAGUGAAUCUUUGUAUACAUAUUGUGCAGAGCUUAUAUUGAUUCAUAUAUAAAUGGAUGAUCAAUUCAUCGUUUGAUUAUUUACUCCAUGUAUUUGAUAACAACCUGCAUUUGGAAUUGUUCCUCCAGGCAGUCUGAAGUCUUUGGCUCAAACUAUAUAUAUAUAGGCACAUUCUUGGUAUCA